GACCUGGAGGCUGCGGCCGCUGCGGCGGCCGGCGGGAGGACGGGGAGGUGCCGCCGCCUCUGCGGCGGAGCCGGCGACAGAUCCCUGCAGUUCACUCAGCCCACCAUGCUUUACUGAGGAGGACCGAUUCAGCCUAGAAGCUCUCCGAAUGAUCCAUAAACAAAUGGAUGAUGACAAAGACGGUGGUAUUGAAGUAGAUGAAAGUGAUGAGUUUCUAAGGGAAGAUAUGCAGUACAAGGAUGCCUCUAAUAAACAUAGUCACCUGCACAGAGAAGACAAACAUAUCACCAUUGAGGAUCUGUGGAAACGCUGGAAAACAUCUGAAGUUCAUAACUGGACUCAAGAGGACACACUUCAGUGGCUUUCAGAAUUUGUUGAACUGCCACAAUAUGAAAAGAAUUUCAGAGAGAGCAAUGUCAAUGGAACAACACUUCCCAGGAUAGCAGUAAAUGAACAUGCUUUCAUGAUCUCUCACUUGAAAAUAAUUGACCGGAGCCAUAGACAGAAGCUUCAGCUUAAAGCCUUGGAUGUGGUUUUAUUUGGACCUCUUACCCGUCCCCCUCACAACUGGAUGAAGGAUUUUAUAUUAACAGUUUCUAUAGUUAUUGGUUUUGGAGGCUGCUGGUUUGCAUAUACACAGAACAGAACCUCAAGAGAACAUAUCACAAAAAUGAUGAAGGACUUAGAAAGUCUUCAAACAGCAGAGCAAAGUCUUCUUGACUUGCAGGAAAGGCUUGAGAAGGCACAAGAAGAGAACAGAAAUGUUGCUGUGGAAAAACAAAAUCUGGAGCGCAAAAUGAUGGAUGAGAUCAAUGAUGCAAAACGGGAAGCUCAUCGCCUAAGGGAAUUAAGGGAGGGAGCUGAAUGUGAGCUCAGCAGGCUCAAAUAUGCAGAGGAAGAAUUAGUACAGGUUCGCAUGGCUUUAAAAAAGGCUGAGAAGGAGUUUGAGUUGAGAAGUAAUUGGUCUGUUCCUGAAGCUUUGCAGAAGUGGCUUCAGUUAACACAUGAAGUUGAAGUACAAUAUUACAACAUCAAAAGACAGCAUGCAGAAAUGCAAUUAGCAAUUGCCAAAGAUGAGGCAGAAAAGAUAAAAAAGAAGAGAAGCACUGUGUUUGGAACAUUACAUGUUGCACACAGCUCCUCCCUGGAUGAAGUGGACCAUAAAAUUCUUGAAGCAAAGAAAGCACUCUCUGAGUUGACAACGUGUUUGCGAGAGCGUCUUUAUCGAUGGCAACAGAUUGAGAAGAUUUGCGGGUUUCAAAUCGCACACAAUUCUGGGCUACCAAGCUUGACCUCCUCUCUCUACUCUGAUCACAGCUGGGUAGUUAUGCCUCGAGUCUCCAUUCCUCCUUACCCAAUUGCAGGGGGAGUUGAUGACUUAGAUGAAGAUACUCCUCCAAUAGUUUCACAGUUUCAUGGGUCCAUUGUGAAACCUCCCAGCAGCACACUGGCAAGAAGCAGUAGCUUGUGUCGAUCAAGGCGCAAUGUUGUGCCAUCAUCCCCGCAGUCUCAGCAUGCUUUGCACUCCCCUGACCCUGACAUCCUUUCUGUGUCGAGCUGCCCAGCUCUUUAUCGAACUGAAGAGGAGGAGGAAGCCAUUUACUUCUCUGCUGAUAAACAAUGGAUCAAAAGCAAUGUCAGCUACUGGGCGAAGAGAAGAUGGAUGGUAACACAAUUCUUACAGCAUGUUGAGCGUGUACCUACUCUUGUUACAUGGCCUCAUAGGAAAAGGUUAAAUUCCUUUUGGAAGGAGCAAAUGAGCUUGUUGAAAGGGAAGUACAGGAAACCGGUUCGGAAUGUGACUCCUUAAAUUCAUCCAUUGGAAGGAAGCAGUCUCCUCCAGCAAGUCUUGAGAUGUACCAGACAAUUUCUCCUCAGAAAGUAUCCCCAGAAGAAUUCUCACUGGAGGAAUCAUCUACAGGAGACUCCUCUUCUUUAACUGCAGAUAUUUCUAGGGGCUCUCCUGACUGUGUAGGCAUGGCAGAAACUAAGAGCAUGAUCUUUAGUCCUGCAAGCAAAGUUUAUAAUGGAAUCCUGGAGAAGUCCUGCAGCAUGAACCAGCUUUCAACUGGGAUCCCAGUCCCAAAACCUCGGCACACCUCGUGUUCUUCGACCGGCAGUGAUAGUAAACCCAGCCAUGAAGCUGCUUCUGUCCCCAGGAUAAGUAGCAUCCCACAGGACCUCUGCCAAAAUGGUGAAAAAAAUAAAAAGCCAUCAAAAAUAAAAAACCUCUUUAAGAAGAAGUGUAAGUGAGAUGGGCAGAAGAAAACCUAUAGUAAUGUUAUGAGAACUCUAUUUUUUACACCUUUAGGAAUGUAAUUCCAUUUGAGCAUUCCAGACUGGAUGCCUUAGUGGAAUGCUCGGUAGGUCACCUAUAUUUAACUGACUGUAACGGUCGUGCCAGCUGUCAAUGAGAAAUCCAUUAAAAAGUUCAGACAGUUUACAUUAAUUUCUGCCUAUUUAUUUCUUUUUUUAUUUUAGUUUGUCUUUUUCAGUGUGUUUUUUUUUUUUUUUUAAAUUUGUUGUUUUUUUAAAGUUUAUUCACAAACCAUUUUUAAGCCACUUUGGACUCCUAAGCUUUAAUGGACUAGUAAGCCUUCCUGGGCUUGCCAAAGUUUCUUGUUUACUGGAGCAUCUUCCUAUCUUUCCAUAGAACUAGGACAUUUGUCUACUGGACUUUAACAAAAAUAAAAGAAGUAGAACUAAAUGAAUUGCACUACUGUUUUACAGACUGGAACAGUCUCUGCAAGUGAAACUGAAAGACUUGUAUUUGACUGAGAAGAUAAAUCUUUUCACUUUUAGAUCUUUUGGGGUUUUUAAGUAGAAUUUAGCAUUUCUAAUUGACUUGAUUUCUGGAAAUGGAAAUGUCAUGCUUUUAUUAUGGGAAGCUUUGUUAGAUGCGUUUAUUAUUAGAAUGGUUCAAGUCCUGCUGUAAAGAUCAUUUUUUUCCCAGGACUUUCACUGUGAUUUUACUUCACUGCAGGCUGUAUGACAAAAAAAAAAAAAAGUAAUUUAUCAAGAGAAAAGGCUCUUGAUUCCUUAUGCAAGUGAUGGUUGUGAAACUUGACUGAAGACUGAAAAUAUUCACUCUCUAAGUGAGGAGAGGAAAUAGUAGCUUUUGUUUACAGACUGAGAGACAACGGACAUUUGGGUUGUGAAAGUUUGUACUGUGGUAAAGAUAAUAAAUUGGAAACAUUAUUGUGCUUGGGAAUGUUCCAAUUUUAGCUAAUGCUUGUUUCAGACAUGUUUCAGAGUUCCUGUUAAUUGAAAGCUGUCGUAGGCUACAUUGCUUAUGCUUACUGCUGUGUAUAAGUUAUUAUUAUAUUUUUUGAAUUAGCUAUUAUUGUCUUAAUGUCCUCCUUUUGUAAGAUUUCAUACACUUUAUUUUUGUAUAGUUUGAAGAUCUAGCUGUUCAGACAUGUCUGAAGUAAAUGAUAUAAUUUUAUAAUGCAUACUGUCAUACUAACUCAUAAUUUCAGAUAUAAAGAUAGAUAUAAAGGUGAGACUUGACAUGCUUCAGAUAAAAGCAAUUUUUGUUAAGCUUUUACAGGGAGAGAUGAAAUGACUGCGAGGUAACAAGGAAGCCUUCUUAGGGUAGUAGUAGUAGCUAGUUGUUCAAAAACAUCUUUUUAUUUUUUUUUAAACAGUUGGAGACAAGAAAUAUACUGCUUAAGCAACAGUGCCUUUUAUUCAGUUUGAAAAUAUUAAUACUGAGCAGGAAUUUCUUUUGAGACAAAUUCCAAAGAAAUACUCCCUGCUCUAGUAAACACAAGCAAUUUACCCAAUGAUGACUAAAUGGUUUCAGCUCUUCCAUAGGGGUGUUAUAGUUGCCUCAGUAGCAGGUGCCAUUGCCAGGGACCUGCGAUUAGGGCCUCACUUCUUGCCAAUAUGUAUGUGAUGUACUGUACGAAAGAACUAAUUCACUGAAUGCCUAAAUUUUUUCUAGCACGGAGUCUUCAAAACUUGUAGCUAGUUGAAAUCAAGUGAUAUGUGUAUUUUCUAUCAUUCUCUACUUAGGUUCCACUGUACAUAACCAAUGUGUUAGUUCUGUCCUUGAAGUGGUGGUGAUUUUAACGGAAGGCAUUUACUGUGGCUAGUGAAAUGGUUAGAAGAGGAUGGUUAUAAAAUGGGAUGGAAACCUUACAUGUGCAAGUACCUUAAAAGUCCUGAUACAUUGAUUAAUUCCUUAAGAGAACACAAUGAAUCCCAGAAUUGUACUGUCUAACAAAGAAUGAUUGUAUGCCAUCUAUACAGAAAAGCAUAGGAGGAAUCAACUGUUUGGCAGAGUUUGGAGAAGAAAAAAUUGGGGGGAAUAGAAAAUAAUGACAGCAUAAUAUUGUUCCAUUAUUCUCUGAAUCAUCAGAUUGAACAGCCGUAGCUUCAAAAAAAAGUCAUUACAAGGUAACAAUGGUCCCUUUGAACAAAGAUUGUACACCCUGUACAUGGCAGAGAAAAAAAAGAAGCGAUGCAAAAAGACUUGUGCUAGAGAACCACCUCAAUGCUAAGCCUUCAGAGAUGUAGUUAAAAGCCUGAUGAAGUACUUGAACAUCUACAAAGGGAAAAAUUACUUUUAUAAAAGUAGGGAACUUAUUGUGCCUCCCUGACAGCAUGGAGAAGGCACUACCAGAAAAGUGUUGAUGCAAUUGAGAAGUCUAUAGCAAUAAUUGAGUUUAAAGUAAGAUCUGGGACUGAGUAGUAGAUCUUGGUGUAAGGUUUGAGGAACUCUGUCUCUAUUAUCAAAAAGAUGAAGUGGCAUUUUGAUACUGGAGAGAAAAUAUUUACACAUGAAAAAAAAUCUGGUACCAAGGAGUGGGAGGUCAGCUCCUCUUAAUCUUGAUAUCAAAGUCAGGCAAAGUCAAAUACUGAGAAGCCAAAACAGGCAAAUUCAGUUUUCUGUAGUAAGUAUAAUUAAAAACUUAAAUGGAGGACAUGUUGAACUCAUCACUGGCUGUGAGUUUAAGUGUUAAGUAUCUUUUUAAAAUAAACAAUUUAACUAUCUUAAAAAAAAAAAAAGGUGUUAUACAAACAAAUCAGAUGAGAAUAUCAUAGUGAUAGAUUUUGACUUCAAAAUAGCAAACCUUUGGAGAACAGACUGCUCUCAACACUCAGUUUAUUACCAGCUGUCCUCUUAACUUUAUAGCUGCUUCUUAAUAAAUAUUAGAUAUCUAAAAGCUUAAAUUAAUACAAUCAGAAGUGGUGAGUAUUGUAUGUUGGAGCACAAACUAAUUUUAAGUUAAUUGAGUUAGGUUUAUAUUUUAAUUACUUUAAUAGACCGCUUUCAUUUCUUGCUGCCUGAAUUUGUCUGCAAUGUAAGUGGCUUCCAUUGCUCCUACUGCGGCUAAUGCAGAAAUUCCUGUCUUGAACCAGUUAGUGUCCUUUUAGUAAGGGGAUGUUGAGAGCACUGACACUAAGGUAGAUCCUCAUUGGCAAACGUCAAAUCCAAUCCUGAUGUUGAAAUACCUGGCAUGGAUCAACACAUCAGAAGUGAGACAAUGUGCUUCGAAGGUCCUCUGUUCUGACUCCAUUAGCUUACCAGUGUAUCUUGAACUCGCUGGCAGUCAGUGAGUCUAGCCAGCAUUCCAACCACUGGGAUUUCAUGAGACACAUCAGUCAUCCUAGACAAUCAUCUAGUGUCAUUAGACAUUUUUUUUGUUUGUUUUGGGGUUUUUUUGUUCUGUUUAACUUUUAUAGCUAAAAUCUGUGUUUUAUUUUAAACUCUCCAGUAUUUCAAAAGGUGAGGAUCUUUGCUUUCUUCAAUAUUUUGUUAGAGUAUUUUGUCAAGACAGCAGCCCCUUUGUGGAAAUUGCCUAAAAGGUUUCUCCCUGAAGAGGUUAUCGUUUAAGUCUUUUACCUGUAAAAUGAAGAAGUGUCAAGUGUGUAGUUCUAUACAAAGAAGAAGAAAAACCUUUCCACAGUUCUUACUAAAGCUAUAUGACAAUUUUUUACUAAAAGCGUAAAAAUUUUAGGAAAGGCAUUUCUACUUGCCAUGGGAAAUACUUUUGACCAGUUUACAGUGGACUUAAAGAUUAAAGCAGUUGAUUUUUUUUUUUAAAUUUUAUUUUUUUUUCACUGCUUGGUGAAUGAAUUUAAAAUAGAUCAUUGACAGUUCCAGGCCUAUGUCAAAUUUUCUUUCCCCACUGGUACCUACGUAGUAGGUUACCCUCAUUUGGAAGCCUUGAGGAUGGUGAAGCCAAGAAUACGUGACUUCAGUUUUGUUAUGAUAUUUAUAGAUGCCAACUGGAGUUAGGCAUUAAUUUAUGACUGAUUGUCUAAAAAGAUAAAAUUAAUUAGAAAGCUUUCAAGAUUUUGCCCUUUUGCUUCCCAAUAUAUAGGAAGAUGGCAUGCUCAGGAGGGAAAUGAGCUAAUUAGCAUUUCUCAUACCACCAAGUUUUAGAGCUUCAGGAUAAUUUCAUUCCAUUUCCAAGAUACGUUGUUGGAGAGGGAUUACUACCUUACAUAAUGUAUACAAAGAAAUAUUUGUUUUUCAUUUACUUAAAAGUAUAUUUACAAGCAGUGGAGAAUGUAAUAAAAUACAUUUUUUUAAAAAUCAAAUAGAGGAAUUACUAGUUCUUGGACCUCUUGUCUAUUUGCUUAUCUCCUUGUACAAUAUGUUAAGUAGGGUGAACAAUCUUUCUAAUCUGUUCCAGUUGCUCUCACUUAAGGGGUGUGUGGGUGCCUUACUAUCAUGUUUGAAACACUGCUCUGAAAUGCUUGUAGGCAUUUUGAUCCUGGAUGUUGCAUCUUCAUUGAUUAAUAGUUAAACCCACCAUGGCUGUUUCAUUCUAACUGCUGCUAAAAUUUUCUACCAGUGGCAAAGAUGUUGGGAUAACUAGUAACCAAAAAAGGCUUUUGCCUGUAGAGUUGGACUGCCUGACAGUGUAAAUGUUUGGGUAACCAUUCUUUAAGGCUUCAGUAGCUGUUCAAAGGUGUCAUACAUAUGUUUCAUUUCCAGACCAGUAAAGUUGGUGUUUAUCUGACACUCCACUUAGUUCUCUGUUGCAUAAACAGAAGGCACUAAUGAUAACAAUGGUAACAAUAUUAACCUUUAAAUUGUUAUUCCUGAGUGCUCUUGCAUCUGACAUUGCUUAAGCAAGAUGGCAGUACUCACAAGUCCACUUCAGGCCUUCAGAAACACAGCAGAUUUCUGUUACCUUUUGAUUUUCUCUGCAGUUUUGAAUCUCAAAUUUACCAAAUUGUGUGUGUGUGUUCUGUGUAUUUAAUGUUCCACUGAAAUGAAAGUGGGAAGGUUGUUCUCAAUUUAGCUGUUAGGGAAAGCACAUUUGAACAAGGUAAAAAGAAAUUCCUCUUGCUCAUUGCAGAGGAUGAAAAAGAGUUCAGAGGUAUUUCAUCUGCUCCUAAGUCAGAAGACUAGGGAACACUCACAACUUAGAUUGCUGGAGGUAAAAGGUAUACUCAAUCUCAACCUUUCCGAUCAGUAACUCUUUAUCCAAGAAAAAAACCCCACUUUCUUCUUUAGGUGUAUUCUUCAGGGCAUUACCUUUGUAUUUCUAAUUUCUAUUCUGUUUUUGACCUAGCAUUAAGUUUGGUAGUCACAGCACUAACUUAGGUGAUUGCCAGACCUCAGAGCAGUUUCAGAUAAAUUUCUGUAGCGUGUCUUAAUUUUGUUUUAAUAUGUGCUAAAGACAUCUAAAUUAGAACUUUUCCCUUCACAUUCCUUUUACUUUAAUUCAACUCAGUUCUUUGUGAUCUCUCUACUGUUAAAAAAAUAAACAGGUACUGAUAGUUGUUUAUAGUUUAGAGUACUAUAAUUUUUUUCAGUUGGGAAUUACUAAUAGAUAAAUGGUAAAUAGUUACCUUUUAAAGACUAGAUCAUGGUUGGAUAUUAUAAAAACACUGCUGUACUUUAGUUGAACUAGGUAGAGCAUUGACUGGUGCAAUUUGUGAAUGAAUGGUAAAUUUAUCUUUCUUAAAUAAUCCUUUGAUUGUUUAUAUGUGUCUAAAGUUAAUGCUGCACAAUUAUUUUCAGACUUGAAUUCAUUUAAAAUUAAGGUCUGUAUGUCCAACCCUACAAAAGUCAGUCUUCAGUUGUCAGCCAUCACUCCAUUCUUACAGAAAUUAAUUACAAUCUUGAAUAUUUGUACUAGCAUAUUAGGUGGUAGAAUGGAUUCCUGUAAGUCUUUGGGUGGAAGGCAGAGAACUUCUGAAGUGAACCAGGUAACCUGUGUUCUUUAUCAGCUUUCAAAUCCAUCUCCCAGUAAGAUGGAGUCUCCCCAGGGGAAUGUAGAUGUACUUACUGCUUGGAACUUUGUAGUUAAUUAUAUUUGGCUCUCUAAUUCUAAUAACUUGCAUGUGCGCUAUGCUUGCUUGCUUAUCAAUCGCUGACAAAAGCUAUAGGAGAUCUUGGGGGUUUGUUUUAAAAAAUUGCUGUGGGAAAAAAAAAAAAGACUGGCAAGAGAAAUCUGUCAGGCUGUGAACUGAACAGAACCAGCAAAGAUCCCAGCUAUUUGUCAAAAAGUACUAUUUAAGUAAUUCUUAAUGAAAUGAAUUGGGUAGCACGUGUAUUUUCACAUUGCUCUUCUCCAAGCAACAAAUGUAAUUAAUAUACCCUAGACUUCAGCAAGGCUAUUUGGGAAAUGUCUUGCCCUGUUUUUAUUUUUAAUUUAAAUAACACUGAGUUGUAGUGAGUGUUCAGCAUAUUAAUGCCUGACUUAAAAGAUUAACAGAAUUUGAAUGACUUGCAUUGUUUUGUUUAAUUACUGCUUUAUAAAAAUGUAGAUACUUGCAUAAAGCCCAUCAUUGGAGCUGGGUAUGUUUCAAUGACAUAGCAAGAAGAGGACCAAGACCAGUAAAUAUAUGCACAAUUUGAAUCUUAAGAUGCUUUACUGUUCGGGGAAGAGAUGUUGUUCUCCAUGCAGGUUCUGCUCUUCCUCUGCUUGCUCUUGGCUUCUGUUUGUUUUCAUUAGUUGAACUAAAAUAAGAAACAAAACCCUCAGACUGACUAGUUUCUGUCUCUAAUAUAUACACUGUACUUGCUUUUAACCUCAUUUACUGCAUGUUGUUAAUGCUGUACACAAAUGCAUUUGGAGUAUUUCUUUGGUGUUGUACAGCAUGAUGCAUUUCAUUCCUUUUUCUAGUUUACCUCCCAUUAGCUAUAUAUUGCUUUACAACUGGAAAAAACUGAGUUUUUGGGAAUUGAGUCUGUUUGCAUAUAAAAAUAUUUUUUUUUCUUUUCUGUGAGUCUUAUGAGAAAUGUCCUGCUUGGAGAGUCUCAGACAGUAUUUUCCUGUGUUUAUUCAUGUUACUUUGCUUUAUUUUAUAAGUGGAAAUUGAUUUUAUUGAUUUCUGAUGUGUUGUUACACUUAAUGUUGAAUAAAUCUGACUUCCAUUUUGAAAAGUGAAA